CUGUUAGUGAACAGCUGUUGUUUACGAAGCAUGUUACAAUUAAAAUUUGAUUGAGGCACAGAUCUAGGAUUCAUUCUCAGUACUGGAUAGAUGGACCUAUUACCUAAAAGUCAUACCCGGCAUAUUUUUCUUAUAUUUUAUAUUGGUUCACCGAUAGAUGGCGSCAUCACAGAGUCUAUGGACCUUUUCCACCAGAGCAGGACGUCUUGCURUCAGAUCCGGAGCUGUUGUUGACUAUAUACAAAUCCGACCAGGAACUCUUGCUGUUAGUUGCUUGACUCAUUGAGUACUUCUUUUGAAGAGACGGAACAUCUGGAUGAUCAUGGAUGAAUUCACUCCUUUAGACUGUCUGCUACCUACAGGCACACAGAAAAUAUGUCUGAUCAUUCUCAACCAGCCUUUGGAAAAAGACUGUCUUCACACACUCUGGAGUAAAGCUCUCCUGCGGGCGUGUGCAGAUGGUGCGGCCAACCACCUGUAUGACAUCACCACUGGACAACAAGACAGUUUUCUUCCAGACUACAUCAGUGGGGACUUUGAUUCUAUUACUGCAGAGGUCAAAGCUUUCUACACAGAGAAGGUGGAUACUAUAGUGACUCUGGGUGGUCUAGCAGGAAGAUUUGACCAGACCAUGGCUUCAGUAGAGACUUUGUACCACGCCCUCAACAUGACAGAACUACCUCUGGUGGUUCUACAGGGAUGCAGUCUGGCCUACCUGCUACGACCGGAUAUGAGACACAGGUUGGGAGUAAUACAGGACUGGAGGGGAAUGUGCAGUCUAAUACCUAUAGGAGGACCAUGCAAAACACACACCACUGGACUCAAAUGGAACCUGGACAACCAGGUACUGCAGUUCGGGAAGCUGGUGAGCACAUCCAACACCUACGAGCCUGUCGCCCAGGGAGACCAGAGGAAGCCUGUAACCGUGACAACGGACCAGCCACUGCUCUGGAGCAUGGGCAUCUGCAGGGACAGGAAAUGACAUCAUCGACCAGGGUGCUCCACCUCCUUCCAGAAUGGACAAAUGGGUGUCAUUUAUAUAGGCUAAUGGCUUCCUCUCCCCAACUGAAAAUUCACGCUUCUGCCUAGUUGAAAUACUGGAAAAAUGCCUCUUUCCUUCCUUGGUGAAGGAAUCUCUGUACGGUCACAAGAGGAAGCCACUUUAGACUAUAGAUUCACCACUAGCCUAGGAAACUCCGUCCUGAUUCCAAACUGGAGACUUGCUCCCUUCCCCUUGAAGACGAACCAUUGCAGAUCUGAGGUGGGGUUCAAAUCCAUACUUCUCAAGGGUGGAUUUUAGGGUGCAAGUCUACGGUUUGGAACGCAGGCCCAAUGUGCCUUCACCGUUGUCGCUUAACAAACAUAGAUACACAUUAUAUACAAGUCAAACAUAAGUCAAGCUGCGUAUUUCUUUGAUUUAUUAACACAGACAAAUAAAAACAUUGCAAACAAUGUAAAAAAAAAAAAUGGCAUCCCUUCACUACCCUCCCACCACCACUUUUCCACAGUGCCCCGCUGCCUAAGGUCUCUCGUUAUUGUAGUUUUGUAGUUGUAGUUGUGCAACAUCUCCAGAGGUUAAACCGCCCCUGAGAGAGAUAAGAGAACUCACAUAAACAGGGUCACACAGAGGCUAAUUCAGUUUCUCCCCUUCACCCAAAAGUAUACAAUCAUCCACUCCUCUUAACUGUAGUGGCAGAAAGGCUGUAUGCCUUAUGAUUUAAAAUAGAGCGUGUUUCAUGCAUUCCAUUAAAUCAAAUAGAACUAACUGCAAAACAUAGUUUGAUAUUAUCGCAGACCUACAUGCAUCUAUGCACAUAUCUUGAUACCAAUUAAUCAUAUAUUUGGAUCUUGUAGACUGGUAACAUUAGUGCACUUUAGAACACUGUAGUCAAAUCACCCAAUCUCUAUGCUAACCUACAAAGCCAAAUGGACUGAACUUGUAGUCAAAUCACCCAAUCUCUAUGCUAACCUACAAAGCCAAAUGGACUGAACUUGAAUGGUGUUUUCUACCAAUAAUGUGCACAAUACAGUACUGACUGCCUACUGUCCAACUGACUCCUGGUGUGUGUCCUGCAGUGUCUUGUCCUAUGUUGAAGGUGCGGUCCUACUUUCACAAUUGAAAGAUGUUGUUGAAGAUGUGGAUGAGCUUGACAAAGAACCCGAUGAAGCUCAUGAUGGCAAACCCAAUCACUGUCGCCAUGGCAAUCUUCUAGAACAGAGAUCAAAAGAGAUGGUACAAUAAUAAUCUCUCGUCACAGAAUCAUUACAUUUUACAGACAUACAAUUCCAGAGAACUCCACAAGAACCUUCUUGAUCGAUGUGGUUCCAAAUCAACUUUUCUUUCUGAGAAAGAUGGAACUUUUGUCAGCAAGGCAAUGAUGACUGUUUUACAGGAGUUUUAUUGAAUCUGUGUUGAUGUUUUCGACGGUGGCCUGGUUUGGCAAUCUUAAUGUUUGCAACAAAAACAUGCUAGACAGUGGUAGAGGUGGCCAGCAAGUCACCGGGGUGCAGCAGACACAGCUCUUAGAAACAUUUAGGAAGUAAGUGAUGAGGAGAGCUAACAGUAUCCUAGACUGUUCUAAUCACCCGGGCAUUGACGAUUUUGAGCUCGUCCCUUCAGGUCAUUGUUUUCAACUUCCCAAAUUCAAGAGCAAUAGAUCCAAGAGCAACAUCCCACAGGCCAUAAACUUUCUAAAUCUACACAUKAAAUUAAAUAAUGCAUAUUUAUUGAUGCACGUUUGCACAAUGACUGCGCCUUUUAUUGAUCGUACACUGUAACCAAUCUCAUGAUGUAUAUCUGUUGUAUGGUUGUCACUGUUUUUAAUGUUGUUUUUAUUGUUGAACCCUGACUGCACAACACAUUUCCCAAGUAGGACAAUAAAGACAUUUGAUUGUUUGA